UGCUUGUAGCUCUGGCUAGACACAUCUACAGCAUAAAACCAUCAUUCUACGGGUAGACAGGACAAGGCGAGAACUUUGCUAGAGAAGUGUAGAAGCAACAAUGAAGAGUAGCACGCUCAUGGCGAUCCUGAUUCUCCAGGCCGUCCUGGUCAUGGGAAUCCUCUCACAAGCGAACGCCGAGUUCCCGAAGUGCUGCGACAACUGUAGGUUCUUCUCGGGGGCCGUGGUCUGUGACGACGCCGGCCCCAAGUGCCGCGACGGCUGCGUGAACUGCCGCGUCGUGCAGGCGAGCCCCACGAAGACGUUCCGGUGCGCCGAUGCACGCGGCGACGACGGCACGCCCUGCCCGCCCUGCAAGAAGUACUGAUCGCUCAUGUUCAAUAAGAUGUUGUGCCGAUAAUAAAAGCUCAGAUGGGUUGAGCGGAGCUGUUGUGGUUGUACGUGCACGUGGUCCACGCCCAACAACAAUCGUUGUUGUUGUCCUCAGUCUUUAUCUUUUCUUCUUCUUAAGAAAAACCUGUUGUUGCUCCGUGAAUAAGCUCUUGUAUCAGUUUAUGCAUUUCUGCUCAAUCAAAUAAAAUAUUUGUCAUA